UCUUCGGCCUUGUUUGUGAUCGUCACCAUAUCAACCCCAUCGUCUUCAGUUCUGAAACUCUUGGUUUGGUUGUCUAAGCAUCGCCUAUUCUAGGGUUUUGAGAUCUAAACAUCUCCGAUGGGGGUUGUGAUCGAGACCGUCGUGUGGGAACCAAAACCUCUCUUGCAUAUCUUCCUCUUCUGCUCCUCUUUCUUCUGUGUCUUCCUUCUCCCCUGUAUGUCAACGAUCUCUAACAGAACUUCCACUUACCUCGAUCUUGAUUCCUUUUCCACCUCGAUCCCAGCUUCAUUUCUUCGUUUCCAGAGAAGUUUCCUGCUCGUAUAUUCCCUUGCUUCAGUAAUGGAAGGUCUGGAGUCCAUAUAUGGGGAGUUUGAGUAUGCAUACUAUGGUCUGAGCAAGGAGCACAUGGUGGUAUCUCUAUGCGCUGGAUCCGUUGCUUCUCUCCUCAUCGGCACUUCAUUGGGCAUACUUUCUGAUAUAAUAGGUCAAAGGAAAGUCUGUGUGCUAUUUUGCUUCCUUCACCUCGUGGUUGGCUUCUGGAAGAGUGUUAGCAGGCAUCCAAGUGUUUGGAUGGCAAGCAUAUGUCUGUCUCUUGCUUCUUCCAUAUUUUCAUUUGGUUUUGAGACAUGGAUGGUAGUCGAACAUGAUAAGCUAGGCUACAGGAAGGAUUUAUUGAAUGACACCUUUUGGCUAAUGGCCUUCUAUGAAUCUGCCUCUCUUAUUGGAAGUCAAGCGCUUGCAAAUUGGCUUAUCGGUGGUAAUUUGAAGAGAAGUGUUACUUUUCCUUCUACUGCUAUUGUGUUCUUGUCAACAAUGAGUAUUAUCUAUAUAAUUAGGCAGUGGAAAGAAAGCCCACCAUUAACAGCCAUAGAGGGCUAUAAGGCAUCCAUCUCUGCAUGCUUUCGUGGUGAUAAGAGGGUAUGGUUUUUGGCCUGGGCACAAGCAUGCCUUCAAUUCUCCGUUGCAGUCUUCUGGAUUCUCUGGGCACCGACUAUAGUGGCAGAUGGCCGAGAAGUAAAUCUAGGGAUGAUAUAUCCAUGUCUUCUGGGUGCAAGAAUGCUUGGGAGCACAACAGUUCCUUGGUUCUUUAGUGGACCAUCACCUGUUCGAACAGAGGAUUGCCUGCUUUUUGCAUUCCUUACCUCAGGUUUUGUCUUGUCUAUAGUUGCUUAUGAUUAUCAGGAUAUUGGGUUUUUGGUAACUCUCUUUUGCUUGUUCCAUGCCUGUGUUGGCCUGAUUUUACCUUCACUUGCAAGAUUGAGGACCAUGUAUAUACCAAAUGAGCUGCGUGGGGGGAUGAUAAGCCUGUCUGCUGCUCCUGCAAGUGCAGUGGUUCUGCUUGUUCUGAUCCAAAAAGGAUAUUACCAGAACAUUGGGAAUGCGGUUGUCAUGGCAUUUGCUGCUUUUGGGUUGUUCACUGCAGCUGGUUGCAUGCAUCUGCUGAAGAGGUGGGGAAAGCAACCUCACCAUGAUGUACAUAAAUUAGGCUGAGGAGAACGAGUGGGGUAAAAGCUGGAAAAUUAUUUUUGCCCAAAAAGGUCAAGAAGAAAAAAUGGUGUACAUACCAGUAUAUUUCUAAUCAAAUUUAGAAGCGCAGCAGGACAACCAAUUUAUGCCAAUUGAGGAGCUUCCAGAACAGCUUUCAUGCUGAGUGUACAUAUCGUACUUUUUGACUCCCAAGAGGCCAUUAUGAGUUAUGACGUUCUUCAUUGAUCAGAAAACUUGCACUGGACUUAUCAGCCUCUAUGUGACCAUUUCUUUUGUAUUUACCUACUCUAUUAAUUUUUGUUCUGCACCCCAAGCUCUUGGGAGUAGAGCAGCCCACUUAGUGAUUGUUAGAGCUAAUUACUGUAGAAACUGUUUAUAUGCAUGAAAAACAGAGGCCUAGAUAAUUUGUCAGUGCA